AUGUCUUUAUACGACGAGUAUGCUAUACAUAUCCCCAAGUCUCCACACAGACGUAGAUCCGCAAUUUCUCGCAGAACUUCAAGCAUCAUGGAAUUGAUGCCAGAAGAUGAUGAACAAAGUCAAAUAGAACAUGAUCAGAAGUAUCACCGCUUUGCAUCACAGUACAGAGCCAUGACGUACAGAAAAUGGAUUGCAAUCAAAAGAUCAUUUGGUCCAUUUAUUUCAAACAUCAUUGUCACAUUAGUUGUUUCAUGCUUGGCAAUUUUGAUUAAGUACAUGACAGCAGCAGUUUACAAGGACACAUACAAAACAUUUGAUUUCUCUGCUUACCCAUAUAAAGCUGAUAACUUGGUUGUUAUUGCAAGUGAUUACGAAAACAACUACGCGAAUAAGCCAUUCCAGAAGAAAUACAUAGAUUCAAUCAGAUCUCUUGUUAAGACAGAUAUUGGUGUUUACCCAACACUACACGUUUUCAGCAAUCAGACAAGUGCAGAUGACUACCUUUACAAGUGCAGAGAGAAUGGAACAUAUAUUGCUAUGGGAUUCAUCCUUCCAGACGAAUUCAGUGCAACUGGUGGAAACAACAUCUCUCUCAUUUGGAAUGAUACAUCAGAAGCUGACUCAAACACAUACCAGUCAAUCAACAACUCUUUCAUCGGUUACUGCAUCAUGUACAGAGUUGAACUCGCAACACUCGCAAAGAUACCAGAUUUCGAUGAUGAAAAGUUCUCAAUGAUCCCACAAGAAACGAAAGAUGCCAUGAACAAGGAGUUCACAGACAGGAACAUCAAGAAGGGAAUCGACUUCAAGGUCAUAUACACAGUCCUCACUGGAAGUUCACAAGAUUCGUUCUUCGCGAUGAUGUCCCGAUGUUGA